AUGGAGGAAAGCUUGGAGGAGCCCGAAGGCAAAAGACUGCUUGGGAACGUGCCAGUGUUCCGGGGACCAUGGUUGUUGCCACCGAGUCAAGUCGGUGGUAGAUGCCGAGGAGAUCUUCCCACUUUGAAAACAAAGAGCUCUACCACACUCCCCAGCUCUGGGUCGGUACGCUUGCCGUCUCUUGAUCAAAUAAUCUCGCAGGCUGCGGAAGAGGCUGCAUGUGCGAUUGGGCCUGGGGGACGGGAUUUGGGGAGGAACUAUAGAAAUCCGAUCAGCGGAGGCAAGGAGGACAAAAGCAAGGCGAGUCGCCGGAAAGCGACAUGGCAUAAUAUAGGUUAG